GAUAAGGAAAGACACUACUAACAUUUCGCAACACCUUGUGAAAGGGUUAAUCCCAUAAUAGAAUUUGUCACUGUCAUGUGUCUCCAACCACAAAAAAUAUAAACACGGGAGUUUCAUGUUGUAGACAUGACAAGAAGAACGAAGAUCAAAUAUUCUAAAGUUAAUUAUACAGAUGAAUGUGAAUUGAUAACACAACAGUCAGUGAUAUUAGACAACAAAAUCGCCUCAUUUUUUCAACAACUGAAGGCUCUGAUGCAGAGGAACAUUUUACUGAAGAAAAGGAACAAAAAACAGCUUAUCCAGGAAAUAUUUUUACCAAUCUACUUUGUUGCCAUAUUGGCUAUGAUAACGGCUUUAUCAAAACCUUCUACAAAACCAGCCAUUAAUCGGUUUCCUUUGAAAUCAUUGAAUGAUGCCACAUUCCAUUUCAAUGUUGCAAAAAAAAUUCUUGUUUCUCCAAAUACAACAAAUAUCGAAACCAUCAUGACACAUGUUUCAAAUCUCUUGGGUUCUGUACAGUAUGAGAUGUAUGGUGAUAUGAAAACAAUUGAAGAUAUCUACAGAAACAACUCUAAGGAGAUUGGGGCAGGAAUUGUUUUUAAUUAUCAGGGUGGUAAUGUAAUGGACUAUGCUAUAAGAAUGGAUUAUAGUGAUGCAUCUACAGAUGGAAACUGGUUAGCAUUAUCAACUGCUGGCUGUAGAAAUAGUUAUCAAUUGAAUGGUACAAUGGGUGGAUCACAGUGUCAAGUAAAUAAUUUUUUAACAUCAGGAUUUAUAUGGUUACAGAACGCAAUAGACACAGCAUUAAUAAGGGUGCACAAAAGCAAUUCAUCUGUUGAAAUGCCUGAUGUUUCAGUCCAACUUAUGCCUAAAGGUCCAUUCACUUCAGAUAUUUCUAUAAUGCAAACCCUUGCAUCUAUCUACUUUGUGUUCGCGUACUCUCUUUUCAUCAAUUUCCUGACGACUAACAUCGUGGCUGAAAAAGAGAAAAAGAUACGAGAAGGAAUGAAAAUGAUGGGUCUCAGAGAUAUUGUAUUUUGGUUAUCAUGGUCAUUGAUAUAUGCCAUUCUCAUACUUUUUGUCACAAUAAUAGUCAUAAUUAUAGCUUACGCUUCAAAUUUUUUACCACAUAGUAACAUUUUUCUGCUUUUCCUCAUGUUAUUUUUAUACGGACUCUCAAUUAUAAACCUCGCUUUCUUACUAACGCCAUUCUUUAAGAAAGCUAAAGUGGCAGGAAUUGUUGCAGUAUUUUCUACUGUUAUCAUCAGUUGCUUGUAUUUUGCUGUGAGAUUGACAAGAACUCAAACUGUGGAUGGAUAUUCGUAUUCUGUUGGAGCUGGCGGUCAAGUAGCAUUGUGCUUUCUUUCUCCUGUUGCUCUUGCUCUAGCUGUGGAUCAGGGACUUUUCUUGGAUGUUGCAAAAGGUGGUAUGACAUUUGAAACUGCAACAUUAGGUGAAUUUCCCCUCUAUAUACCCAUAUUGAUGUUAUUUGUUGAUUUUAUACUGUAUGGAUUGCUGGCAUUUUAUUUAGAUCAUGUUAUUCCAGGAGAGUAUGGUGUACGGUAUAAACCAUGGUAUUGUUUAUUACCAUCCUAUUGGUGUCAGAGUAAAAAGAGCAACUAUGAUAUACAGUCCUUAAUAGACAAUCAGCAUAUAACGCAUCAUAGUGAUAUGACACAUGACGAAGAUGUAGAAGAUGUUCCUCGAGAAAUGGAAGAAAAGGCUUCUAUUAGGUUGUAUAAUAUAGGUAAAACAUUUCCUGGUAAAGAAAAGGGUGAAACAAUAGAUGCUGUAAAUGGAAUAUCAUUAGAUAUAUAUGAGGGUCAAAUAACUGGAUUAUUGGGUCAUAAUGGUGCUGGUAAAACAACCUUAUUAAAUAUGUUGUAUGGUUUAAUUCCUACUACUAGUGGUGGUGCUAUUAUCAAUAAUUUAGAUGUAUCUGAUAGCAGUGAUAUGGAGAAGAUAAGAACUAUGUGUGGUAUUUGUCCUCAACAUAAUAUAUUGUAUGAUGAGUUAUCAUGCAAAGAACAUCUGCGUGUAUUUGCGGGUAUUAAGGGUGUACCUUCCAAUAAUGUAGAGUCAGUGAUAAAGCAGUCAUUAACUGAUGUUGAUUUAUUGGAUCAAGGUGAUGUGUUUGCUAAAGAUCUCAGUGGUGGUCAAAAACGUAAAUUAUCGGUAGCUAUAGCACUGAUUGGUGACCCCAAGAUAAUAUUUCUGGAUGAACCAACUGCUGGUAUGGAUCCUCACUCCAGGCGUCAUCUUUGGUCCCUCCUCAAGAAACAGAAAGCAGGAAAAGUUAUAGUACUUACCACUCAUUUUAUGGAUGAAGCAGAUGUACUUGCAGAUCGUAAGGCAAUUAUCAGUAAAGGUAAACUUCGAUGUUGUGGUUCAUCUUUAUUUCUAAAGAGUAAAUUUGGUAUAGGCUACCAUCUGAAUAUGAUAAGUGAACCAUCUUGUGAUGCUGACGAUGUGACGAAACUUCUUAAAGAAAAAAUAAAUGGUGUAGAGCAUAGAAGAUCACAUGGUAAAGAAUUAGCAUACACAGUACCAUUAAAUGAAGUGGACAAAUUUGCAGCAAUGUUUAAUUCUCUGGAGGAAAAAGGAUCUGAUGGUGUAACUAAAGCAGAAAAAAUGGGAAUAAAGAGUUAUGGUGUUUCCAUGACGUCAUUAGAGGAAGUAUUUUUGAAAUUAGGAAAUGAUGAAGAAUCUGAGGAUACCAAUGAUAAAUCAGCCAAUGGUACUAACAUGAUUAAUGUAAAUGAUGUUUCUGUCAAUAUAAACAAGAAUGGUACUCAAGAGGACGCCAACAAUCUUUUUAAUUCAAAGAAUUUACUUAAUUUGAAUAAAGGUAGUGCAUUAAUGAAACAAAGACUGAAAGCAUUUUUAAAGGUAUGUUAAUGGAAAUGGAAUUCAGUCUUUGAACAAAAUUAUACAAUAAAGGAACAACGAACAGAAAGUGAAACCCUGAACUAUCUUUAGUUACCCGGAUGACAGAAAAUUUUGACUAAUACUCAGAACGAUGUAUGUUAACCCAUGUCACAAGAAGAUGCUAAGUAUAAACAAGUCAUGGUCCAGUCACUACAUUUGUGACCAGAAAAUCCUGAUAAAAAAUCGGAAUGAUUUUUCUCCUCUGAAAGCCUUUUCAAUUCUGCUUGCAUAUCUAGUUAAAGUUGCAA